CUUGUAGUGAAGGUAAAUCUUGUUAUGUCGGUUGUGAUUUUAAUGGUCUCGUAAGCGCGGCUGCAUGCCAAGAUGGGAGCAUGUUGCGAGCUCAAGAGGACAUUGGUAAUGGAGAAUACAGAUUAGGCGGAGGUGUGUGGUAGUGGCAGCCUAAGACGAGCGUUGCGGCGACCGACCAGGAUGACCGCCAUGUCAGCAGAGGACCACGAGGAAAUAACCGUUGACGGGGCGUCGAGUCGGGAGGCUUCUCCCGCGCCGGUGUCCCCGACCCGCGGCCGCAGCAGCUCGCCGCUCGACCUCAGCAGGGACGAGGCCCUGCACGCCCGCCACGGGGACGCUCGCAGCCCCAAAGGUCAGCACGGGCGCCUUUCGUUCAGCAUAUCUUCGCUCCUGGAGUCGUCGGGCCGCGCCGCAGCGCUCCGACACCGACUCCUGGAGGAGGGAAGUGAGUCCGACCGCGAGUGCGACGGCGGGUUUGUGGGAGAACUGGAGCGCCGCAGCCGGCACAGUGACAGAGACAGUGAACGGUGCGAGCGGGACAGUGAACGCAGUGAGCGGGAACGCGAAGGGGACGACCGGGAGAGGUUAAGUUGUGCUGGCAGUGAGGCUGAGGGCGAGGACGAUGACGGCGAGCGCCCCUUCCAGCCCUUCACGUACACACACAUGCCCUUCAUGGGCGCGGGCGGGCUCCUGCCUCCCUUCUCCCUCGUUCCUCCCAUGGGAGCCGCCGCCGCCGCCGUGGCCGCCGGCCUGGGCUCUCAGGGAUCCCUGGCGGCGAUGAGCGGCCCCGGGGGCGUCAUCCGCGUGCCAGCCCACAGGCCCUCCGUCGGGGGCGCCCCGGGAGCAGGCGCCCUCGGGGCCAUGCUGCCCCACAUGGCGGGCGCCCCCCUGCCCUGGCUGGCGGGGCUGACCCCCCUGGAGCGCACGGCCGCCAUGGCUCAUCACCUGUCUGCCCUCAACCCUAUCACAGGUCCCUUUGGGUUCCCGCGGAGGAUCGGACACCCUUAUCAAUCGAGGACACCGCCGAAGCGAAAGAAGCCGCGGACCUCCUUCACCAGAGUCCAGGUGAACGAGCUGGAGAAGCGGUUCAACAAGCAGAAGUACUUGGCGUCUAGCGAGCGAGCAGCCCUGGCCAAGCAGCUCAAGAUGACGGACGCGCAGGUGAAGACGUGGUUCCAGAACAGGAGAACCAAGUGGAGGCGGAGUGGAGAGGGUGAUGGGGGGUACAUCCUAGGGCGCCAGGAAGCCGAGGACCGCGAAGCCGACCGACACGCCACGAACCGGCUGAUGAUGGGCAUGACACCUGAAGGAGGAUCGAAGCCGCUCUACCCCGGUGCCCAGGACUCCUCUCUCACUCCUCUGCCUCCGGUCCAGAUGCAGAAUCCGAGUCCUUCGCUGUCGGCUGUUUGAGGAGGAGGAGGGAAGGAUGGAAGUGAAGGAGGAAGGGAAGGAUGGGAGUGAAGGAGGAAGGGAGGAUGGGAGUGAAGGAGGAUGGAGGAAGAAGGAAGAUGGAAUCGAAGGAGGAUGGAGGAAGAAGGAAGAUGGAAUCGAAGGAGGAUGGAGGAAGAAGGAAGAUGGAAUCGAAGGAGGAUGGAUGGAAGGAAGAUGGAAUCGAAGGAGGAUGGAUGGAAGGAAGAUGGAAUCGAAGGAUGGAUGGAUAGGAAGAUGGAAGGAAGGAAGAGGGAAGGAUGAAGCAAGGAAGAAGAUGGCUGGAUGGAACGAGGAAGGAAUUGAGGAAGGAUGGAUUGAACGAGGAAGAAAGGAAGGAGGGAAGGAUGAGUGAAAAGGAGGAAGGAGGGAAAGAAGGAAGGAAGGAAUUCUUUCUUUCUCCUUCGUCUUAUUCCCCCAAGAUGUCCGACGACUUAAUUUUCGAUCGUAAGGAAUGAGAAAGAGAGAGAGAGAAAAAAAAAAGACAUAUAGAAAAAAAAGAAGAGAAGAAGAAAGAAAGGAGAAAAAGACAAACACAGAAAGGGGGGGAAAAAUUGAUAAAGGAAAGAGAAAAGAGAGGAAAUGAGAUAUGGACGAGGUUAGCAUACGACUUCCCUUCUCGCUCCCUCUCUCUUUCUCCCUCCUCUUCUUUUUUUCUCUCUUCCUUUGCUAUUUCCAACUUUCAUCUGUUAUCCGCGAUUCCUUCAGAGAGGGCAGUGCCUCCUUCUUACGCCGGAGAGAGGAUGAACCACUGUCAGUUAUAGUGUGACGUCACGGUUCUACAGGAGUUCAUUGGACUCUGAAAAAAAAAAUCAUUUGAAGGUAUAAUUAGAAAUAGUGUAAUAUAAUAAUAAUAAAAAGAAAAAAACAAUACACAGUGAUAAAGUGAGUGAAGAGUAGUCAGUGAAAAAUAAAAGGAAAGAAAAAGUGUUGUUUGCUGAUAAAAGACAGACGAAAUGAACAAAUACUCUUUAUCCGAAUUGAGUGAAAGUAGAAAAAAUAAACUAAAUAAGAUAAUAUAGUUGUAGUACAAUGAGGAAGUUCUCAUAAACAUUUAAGUGUUCAAUUUCCUUUAUUUUAUUUUAUCUUCGUUCACCCUUGAACACUCUUACCAGUGAGAAAAAAAAACUAUGUGUACGGUUGGUGAAGAAAACGCGCGCCCGUGUGUGUGUGUGUGUGUGUGU